AUGAGUUGUUAUACGUGUAGUCGGGCGCCGGCUGUUGUUAUUAGACCUUCAAAUCGCGAUAAGUUGUGCAAGGUGUGUUUUUUGGCGGCGAUUGAGAUGGAAGUUCAUCAAACUGUUUUGGAAACGGAUAUGUUUAAGGGAGUGCGUACUUUGGUGGUGGGGGUGAGUGGUGGGAAAGACUCAACGGUUUUGGCAUCGAUUUUAGCCCUUCUUAAUCAAAGAUAUGAGUAUGGUCUUGAUUUGAAACUCUUGUGUAUUGAUGAGGGAAUUGCCGGGUAUAGAGAUAAGUCUAUUGCUGUAGUUAAACAGAAUGAGCAGGAUUUAGGUUUGCCUUUGCUCAUUACGAGCUACCAAGAAAAGUUCAAGAUUUCCAUGGAUGGAGUUGUGGCUCAAAUUGGGCGCAAGAAUAAUUGUACGUACUGUGGUGUAUUUAGACGGGGAUCUUUGGAGGAUGGAGCACGUGAGUUAGGUGGGGAUAUGAUUGCAACUGGGCAUAAUGCUGAUGAUUUGGCCGAAACGGUUAUUAUGAACUAUUUGCGAGGGGAUAUAAGUAGGUUGGUUAGAUGUACGAAAGGAGUGACUGAUAUGGGUGUAGAAGGAGUAGUAAGACGGUGCAAGCCUUUAAUGCGUGUUUAUGAGAAGGAGAUUGUUAUGUAUGCCUUUUAUCGUAAACUGCCUUACUUCUCAACAGAGUGCAAGUACUCACCUGGGGCUUUUCGGGGAGUAGCUCGGACGUACAUUAAGAGCUUAGAAAAGCAAGAUCCAGCGGCCAUUAAGUUGAUUAUCAAAUCGGGUGAUUUAGUGCAGAGAAAUAGAAGUGGGCAGGGAGUGACUAAGCCCUGUUCCAUUUGUGCCCGGCAAUGCUCUGGGAGUUCUGGAGUUUGUAAAGCUUGUCUCCUUCUUAAAACUCUCGAUAUUACCAACAACUAA